AUGAGUUCUGCUAAAUCAUCGCCGCCUCCCGAGCAGGGCAGUUUCAUAUGGACCCGCCGCCUCAUUUUAUUCGCGUUCUGGGGCGUGGUGGUGGUGCUUGGUCUUCCGCAUUGGCUAUGGACCACCUCCAUUCAUCGGUCCCAGCUGCCGCUGGAGUCUAUGAACAACUGGGCGGAUGGCAAGGUCUGCCGACUCCAGUACCCCAUCCAUGUCAAAUUACGAUACGAAGACGCGGGGUUCGACGAGACGAAUGCACUUGCCGCGGAGACGCAGCAUGUUCUCAAUGCAUUGAACCAACUGCCCCUCUACCAAUUCCACAUCACCGGAGAUCUGGCCAACGCCUCUUCCGAGCAAGCGCUGCUUCCAUCACAUGUGCGAGAUACACUCGCUUCGCGAGAGAACUCAUUGAUCGUCAACAUCCAAAAUGACAAGAAGAUCAAAACGCCCCAGGCUGCUCUGAAAUCUUUGAUCCCGGUCCUGGAUGUCCGACAUAACCCAGCCAGGACUGGUGACUCUCUGACGGCAUUCCUGGCCCGCGAGAUCUCAAAGGUCUUUUCUCACGAGCAGAAUUACAUGCAUCACCUUUUGCAGGAAACUCCAUUCGAAAGCAAGGAGUACGUGAACCGCUUCUCGCCGGAAGUCAAGGCUGGCCUUGAUGCGCGAACCACCCGAGCGUUCAAAUACGCCUCCACCUAUCAUCUUACCUUUUCCCUCUUCGUCGCCUCCAGUUCUCCCUCUGCUUGGAAUAUACAGCAGGCACUAGAGGAUGGCAUCUACCCUCUGAUUGAACGCCUGUCACCAGUGAACCGUUUCACCAUCGAUACCCAGAUUCAACUGUACGCCUCCUUCUCACCAUCCAUUGCCGGGCCGCAAUACAAUCCGAUCACGCGGGAGUGGCAAUUGCAAAGACCCGAUCUGAGCGGCUUCAUCAAUGCAGCGGAAUGGCCAUUGAGUCCCAGCAUAGGAUCGGGACCAACGAUCAACUUCGUCCUUUACGUCCCGUCCAAACACCAAAGUCCACUUGUCCUAGCAGAAACUGGUGGCCAAAGCUGGAUUGUUCCUCAAUGGGGCGGAGUCCAAAUCUUCAAUCCCGCCGACAAGCAAGUAGACCAACUCACUGCAGAGGACCUUCGACCGGCCAUGCUCACGUUCGCAGACCAGCUCUCCACCCUGGUCGGCUUACCACCCUCGCCCUCCUCAUUGUCUCUCCGCAUCUCCGGCCUCACACGAGAGCGCACGACAUCCCUCAUCCUCUCCGCUUCUUCCACGCUCGGCGCGCUUUCGAGACUCACCUUGAAGCUUACUAGUAUUGCCAUUCCCGAUUCUGUGGCCAAAUCCGUAUCCGAGACUAUUCAUCGACUCGACCAAGCUUGUCAGCACAUGCAAGAUGGACGAUACCUCAGCGCAUUAGAGAACGCGCGCACGGCGGAGGAAGAAGCGGAGAAGGCGUUCUUUGAACCGUCGAUGGUGGGCCAGGUCUAUUUCCCGGAGGAGCACAAGGUUGCGGUCUAUGUUCCUCUGCUCGGUCCGAUGGCUGUGCCGUUGGUACUUUCGGCGAUUAAAGAGCUGAAGAAGUUACGGGAGAGGAAGGUCAAGGUGGCGUGA